CACAAGCCCCUUUUCCAUUCGCAUGGUAUCUGUCAAUCAACCAGAUCCCAAUCGACGUCAGCAGCAGCAGCACCACACCGGGGCUAAGGAGUGGGUGACGAAGAGCAAUCACCAGCACCAGGAAAAAAUAUCAGGAGCAAAAAAUGCACGGACUGUGAGGGACCAUUCGGCUGUCAGCUGGACAUUUUCGUUGUCUCGAGUUGUGGUGCUCAUUAUAGGAACACUAGUUGAAGACAAUGAGGAUCCUCUGUCAAUCCAAGCUUUCUGGGUUUUAGCCAGUUGGCUGCAUUUCCAGGGAUGCUAGGCGCGCUAACACAGCUAGCUAACAAUUAGCUUGCCCAUUUUUGCUACCCUGGUCACUGGCUGCCUCUGUCUGCAAGGAGGAUCUGCUGUUCUGUGAAGCGGUGAUUUCUCUCCAAGUGUGACACUGGUCCUUUGGUCGUCGAGCUGUAGAGAUAUUGGAGCAGCUUGUUGUUGGUUCAGUAGAUGGACAGUUCGACGGGCGCUCCUCGUCACUGCGCGGGCGGACAGGGUUGAUUUCGGGGCGGCUAAAGCUUGCACUCGGCCGGGUAACCAGCAGAGGGAUUGUACAAAUGUGGCAGUGGCAGCUAGAAGUGUCCCACUGUCUCUGGGACCCAGAUUGGUAGAUCGUGAUAAAAACCCAAUGAGCGUCAGGUUUAGAAGGGAUUAGAAAGUGUUGGCACUUUGGAAAUACAUCAACUUGUCACGUUAGCAGCAUUUAGCCUGCAAGCUAGACAGCGAGGUAAGGUUUCCGAAAUUAAUCUGAGCUGUUUCGAAGAGUGCAUCAAUUAAAAUGUUUAUUUGCACAUCAGGCUGUCAUGAAAGAUGUUUGCAGACAUGAUGCAUUGCAUGUUUUCUGUGAUCAGCUGUCGUUCGCUGUAGGACCUGCACAAGACUUUGCCUGGGCUGUCAAAUAUUAGACUCUUGACACAUCAACUAAAGAAAGGCCAGAUCCUGCACGAAGCAGCGAGUCCGUCCAACUCAAGUUACCUGGAUAUCACUGUUUUGAAAACGGCCUGUCUAAUUUUUCUAAUACUGUGCGAGAGGUGUAGCCCGACGCCCCUUGUCAGACGGGCUUUUCAGCUCAUGCGGUGAUGACUUUAGACUCCAUGAUGGCUUGUUGCCUGAGUGAGGAGGCGAAGGAGUCCAAACGCAUCAACGCAGAGAUCGAGAAACAACUCCGGCGAGACAAGAGAGAUGCAAGAAGAGAGCUGAAGCUACUGCUGCUGGGCACUGGAGAAAGCGGCAAGAGCACCUUCAUCAAACAGAUGAGAAUAAUCCACGGGUCAGGCUACACAGAUGAGGACAAGAAGGGCUUCACCAAACUGGUCUACCAGAACAUCUUCACCUCAAUGCAGGCCAUGAUCCGGGCAACUGAGACACUCAAGAUCCCGUACAAGUACGAACAGAACAAGAAUAAUGCCCUGGUGGUGCGUGAGGUGGACGUGGAGAAGAUUUCAUCAUUUGAUCAGCCGUACAUCGGUGCAAUAAAGAUGCUGUGGGCUGACCCUGGCAUCCAGGAGGCCUACGACCGCAGGAGAGAAUACCAGCUGUCCGACUCGACCAAAUACUAUCUAAGUGAUCUGGAUCGUAUUGCUGAAUCGUCCUAUCUGCCAACCCAGCAGGAUGUGCUUAGGGUUCGAAUCCCAACCACUGGGAUAAUAGAGUACCCUUUCGACUUGCAAAGCAUCAUUUUCAGAAUGGUGGAUGUAGGGGGUCAGAGGUCAGAGAGGAGGAAGUGGAUCCACUGCUUUGAGAACGUCACCUCCAUCAUGUUUCUGGUGGCGCUCAGCGAGUAUGACCAAGUCCUGGUGGAGUCGGACAACGAGAAUCGUAUGGAGGAGAGUAAAGCUCUGUUCAGGACCAUCAUCACAUAUCCUUGGUUCCAAAACUCCUCCGUCAUCCUCUUCCUCAACAAGAAGGACCUGCUGGAGGAGAAGAUCAUGUACUCUCACCUGGUGGAUUAUUUCCCAGAGUUUGAUGGGCCUCAGCGGGAUGCCCAGGCAGGCCGCGAGUUCAUCCUGAAGAUGUUUGUGGACUUGAACCCAGACAGUGACAAGAUCAUCUACUCCCAUUUCACGUGCGCCACCGACACGGAGAACAUCCGCUUUGUCUUUGCGGCCGUCAAAGACACCAUCCUGCAGCUCAACCUCAAAGAAUACAACCUGGUGUGAAGAGAGAAAUGAAAAGAGCGAAGGAGAGAGGGAUAAGAGUGAGCAAGAAGGAGACCUGCAGCCCUAAACACACAGUGCAGAUCCCACUUCUACACUCACUCACACAUGCACGCACUCACGCACACGCACGCACGCACGCACGCACGCACACACACACACACACACACGCACACACACACACACACACACAUGCAUGAAACAUAAGAGCCCCUCGGAGCGUUCAACACAGCGUCGUACUUUACAAGACCAACACUAUCCAUGCUAUGUGUGCUGUCCAUUCUGCUCCUCGGUUAUCACUUUGCUCAUUUUCAAAUAUCUUUUGUGGUUUGAGUAUCUGCUCCUCUCGUAUAAAACAUAAAUAUGAAUACACUCCUUCCAUUUUGACCCCUCUCUUUGGGGUUUUGGUCUGCUCCUCUUGGUCCCCACACGGUCCAAAGAAUGGAUCGUAUAUAUAUUUUAUUUCUGUACACUACAUUAUCACCACUGCUUGUGUGUUUGAGGUGGGUCGAGGGCCUUCUCUGGGUAGACUUAACUUUCAUGGACAAAGUGCUCUCUUCUCUUCUUCUUAUUUAACCCAUGCAUGUUCAACACUACAGCAUGAGGGCAUGAGGCCGGCCGGGCUCAUGAUCCUGGACUCCUGGACUCCUGGACUCUCCUCAUGUGCGAAGGGUAACUAAUAAUGAUGAUAGGAAAUGUUAUCAGGCUGUGUUGGGAUGCAGUGAGAUACUUGGUCCCCCCCCUCCUGGGUCUUGAAUUGUGUAUUUGAUUCUUUCAAUUUCUUUGUUAAUCUUGCCCCAAAUCAGAGCACAGCUGCUCUGUUGAAUGUAAAUACAGUUUUGUUGCUGCUCACAGAAAGUGAGAGCCACACAGAGACGACUACAUGAUCUCUGUAGACUUUCAAUAUUUUCUGCUCUUGUUGGUUUAAACAUUUUUGCUCUUGUUCUCUAAUUAAAUUCAAGAUGAUUACCUAAAGGGGUGAACUGCUCUGAAGAGUCACAACAUGUUCCUUUUACACUGCCCUUUGGUUCUAAGUGUUAAUGUACAUUAUUAAACAUAACAUAACAGCUAUUUACAUAUUGUAUAUCGCCCCUGUUAUUUUGUAUCUCAUUGCCAAAUCAAAACCACCUUCUCUGUUUCUGUAAUUACUACUACAUUGCCAAUCUCCUGUUCAUCUCCUAAGUGGCUCAGAUAAUUACACUCUCUUGCCAAAAUGAAGUGCAAGUUUUCUCUCGUAUUGAAUCGUUCAGACGUCGAUGGCGUAACAGCUCACUCUGUGUGACAUUUGUUCAUGUCAACUUACGUCUGAAUCACACGUGUAUUAGUACUGCGACCUAUUUUCUUUGUUUGCUUUUGGUGGUGAGAGUAAUCUUCCUUUGCACAAUGUGAGAAUGAUGACACCAGAUGAGUACAGUGCAAUAGUCAGUUGUAAUCGCAACAAAGCUUUUGCGCUGCCCGUUAGCUUAAGUCACGAGUUGGUCUUGAAAAAGGAUAUGGCUUCUCUCUGUAAUCAACUUUAUUUGCCAUAUUAUUUGGCCAACAUUUGAUAAACUGUAAUGAAUAGCGAGAGAGUAAAUAGUUCUUUUUUUGUAUGUCUAAUUUAUCAAUCAGAUCUACGUAUUGUUGAUACAGUAAAUGAGACUUCCUCCUUAGUUUCAGCUCAACGUUUUCCAACUGAGGAGACAGGAGGAGAUUUUAUACUGCUGUAAAAUAUCAAAACUAUUUUAUGGACAAGUGUUCUAUCUUUCUAACGAUACUUCAUAUACUUAGUUGUGCAGUUCUGUUUUGAAAUGCUUGACAAUGGAAGGUGCAGUUUCCUUGUCAGGUUUGUGCUUUAUGCAAAUAGGAAAAUGAAAACAGACAAAAAAUCUUAGUGGUUGAAUAUUUACUGUUCACGGAUGCUUGCUUUUUUUGUAAUUUUUGAGGAUAUGUGUUGGCUAUUGGUACCAAUCCCAUAUCGUGUCUCUUGCCUGAUAGUUGUUUAAAUAUUCCAUUAAGCUGAAAGUUAAUAGAUGGCUAUUUUUGUCUUCACAAUGUAAUUCAGGUAAGUUUUUUUCAUAACUUUUUCAUCACAAGGGCUACUUCUAGCAGCUUUGGUAGAAAUGAAAGGUCUCGAUGGACGGCACAGAGCAAAAGGUGCAAUGAAUUAAUGAGGAGGGGGCUUUGAAUCAGAGUGUAGACAUCCUUGUUAGAGUGAUUGUUGCAGGUUCAGUGAGGGAGGAAUGCAGUAGUCCACAGAUACAGCCCACAUGACUUUUUCCUGACUGAAUGGAGGCUGUUAGUCUUUUUCUGUCUUUUUGUCUUUAAAGGAGGAGAGUGAGGUCCACCUAAACAACCUCUCAUUAAUGUUUUGCUAACGACUCUCGACUCUGACAUCUUCCUCUAUGUGGUUAUACAUGUUUGACUCAUCUUCUCAUUGGUAGUGUUUUCAUGUUUGGCUUUGAUUUUGUUUGAAUCAGGGAAAAGGGAGUGCUUUGGACAUUUUAAAAGGAUCAGACUAAACCUAAAAUAAAUUAUUACAGAAUCUGGUUUGACUUAAAAAUGUUUGCUAAAAGGGCUAAAAGUCACAUUGUCUAUCCAUUUUCUGCUUCAGACAUACUCAAAGACCCUUUUCUGGACCAGUUUCACCCAAAUAUAGAGGGGUGUUUUGACUCCUUACUCAUUGUCAGGAGUUACUAUAUACAGUAUGUAUUUUGAUAUGUGAAUGAAUAGUGUAGCAUCAGACUGUAAUUCAGCUUGGAAAGGAAUGCUGUGUUCUACUGCAAAACUGGCAUAACAUUGUUUACUUGUGUUUUAAAGGUUUCAGGAUGCCCUCUCCAUUACUCUAAAUGUUGGCUUACUACUUUAAAAGCAGGUGUGUGGUCUCAUUGUCUAUGAAGAUCAUGUAAAUGUGACCUGCACGGGGACCACUGUUAGAAUGAAGGCUUACAUAUUUAAAACUUUGUCGCAUCAGUUUUUCCUUGUCUGCAGAGCCAACAUGGAAAACAGGACAUGGUUACACUACCAAUGAUAAGAAUGAGAAGUAGGGCUGAGUUAUUUACAGUCCUCUCCACUGAUUUUUUACUGAAUUUGCAUAUAUUACGCAUGAAGUGUAUAUUGACAUUUUUUUUUCAGACAAUCCAUGACAUAAAAUUGUGGCAUACAAAACCAAUCAGACAAAAUAUGUCAACACUUCACAAUCUGUAAGAGCCCCACCCAGAUCUCUCCUCUCCUCACCUCUCCUCUCCUCUCAAAUGAAGUUUGUGUAUUCAGCCUCAGUACUAAUGUAUUUAUUGAAAGACUUGCCAAGUGAAGGUACUAUUAAGGCCAUUUUAAUAUUUUGGUGGUUAUUAUAGCAAGUGCGUGAAUGAGUCUGCUGUGAGUUUACAUGUCGGUCAUUCUUGUUCCUCCUCACCUCUCUGGACUGUGUAUUCCUUCUGCUGGUUGAAGGCACUGAAACUGCACCACUGCAAUGGGCCUGCAUUCAUGCAAACUUAGAUGUCCGUUCAAGCGCACUCGUUGGUACUCUGAGGUGUGUGUGUGUGUGUGUGUGUGUGUGUGUGUGUGUGUGUGUGUGUGUGUGUGUGUGUGUGUGUGUGUGUGUGUGUGUGUGUGUGUGUGUGUGUGUGUGUGUGUGUGUGUGUGUGUGUGUGUGUGUGUGUGUGUGUGUGUGUGUGUGUGUGUGUGUGUGUGUGUGUGUGUGUGUGUGUGUGUGUGUGUACUUUUGAUGGCUAUCGCUUAUGCUUGAGAUCCAUUCUGAUUAGAGGGAUGGACAUUCAGUGAUAUUAAAAAGCUAUCUUUGCAUCUUUUUUUCUUUUGUAAGGUUGAAACACCUUAACACGUGUAUUUAGGACCACUUAAGACUUUUUUAAAGAGUUAAAAUAAACUUUGUGUAGUGGUGUACAAAUUGAAAGUAAUGUAUUUUUGCUUUGAUUUUUUUCUUCUCUCUCUUUUUUUUUUUAAGUAUACCAAAUGUAAAUUAUGUACAAUGAGUGUGCCAAUCCCCUUUCUUUGUAAAGCCAGAUUCUUAACAAGUGCCAAUGUUGUGAAAAAUCAGAGGGCCUGUGAAUUUCAUGGUCCACUUUUUGAAACAAAUAAACACUCAAGUAUGUGAUUAACUAAUGAAAAAAGGACAAUUUUAUUCUAUAUUUAAGAUCAAUGACGAACUGCUGUUUUUAAAGGUAACUGUCAUUUUACUUGCAUGUGUUUGUAAGGUUGGGCAGGGAGUGGGUGGGUGAGAUACUGUAUUCAUGCAACGCCCUCAUGAAAAGGGUCCUAUGGUCGAUUAUUGAUUUACAGUAUUUUAGCCAUAUUUCUCUUUUGUAUGUUUCAUUUCAACCACUGUUGCCUGAACCUCAUUCAAACAUGAAAAUGAUUUUCAUAGCCUUCUCCUUUAAAUGUUUUAAAUUGGAAUAAAAUAUGUUCCUAUACUCUCUUA